AUGCCCGCACCCACGAAGUUCACCACAUACAUUGACGAGCACGCCGAUGGCUUCAUCCAGCGGCUCAAGGAGGCGGUAGCGAUUCCGAGUGUGAGCGGCGACCCGAAGCACCGCCCCGAUGUCUUCAAGAUGGGCAGCUGGCUGCAGAGUCAGCUCGAGCAGCUCGGCGCGCAGACAAAGUCGGUCGACCUCGGCAAGCACGUCAUGGACGGCCACGAGCUGCAGUUGCCGCCCGCGAUCUUUGGCCGCAUUGGCGACGAUCCCAAGAAGAAGACGAUCCUCAUCUACGGACACUACGACGUGCAGCCUGCGAACAAGAGCGAUGGGUGGGACACGGAGCCGUUCACGCUCGUCGUCGACAACGCCACGGGCAGGCUGAUUGGUCGUGGGUCGACGGAUGACAAGGGCCCGAUUCUCGGAUGGCUCAACGUCCUGGAGGCGCACAAGGCGCUGGGCCUCGAGCUCCCCGUCAACCUGCGCUUCUGCUUCGAGGGCAUGGAAGAGAGCGGCAGCGAGGGAUUGGACGAGCUCAUUGCAUCCGAGGCGGCGAAGGGCAAGGAUGGCUGGUUCGGUGGCGUAGACGCCGUUUGCAUCUCCGACAAUUACUGGCUGAACACCCGCACGCCGUGCCUGACCUACGGUCUUCGUGGGCUGGUUUACCUCAAGCUCACCGUCUCCGGCCCCUCACGCGACUUGCACUCCGGUGCUUUCGGCCGCGCGGUGCACGAGCCCAUGACCGACCUCGUCAUCCUCAUGAGCAAGCUCGUCGCGCCCGACGGCAAGAUCCUUAUCCCUGGCGUGGACGAGAUGGUCCCCGCUGCGAGUGAGGAGGAGAAGAAGAUCUACGACAACCUCGACUACAGCAUCGAGGACAUCGAGGAGGCCGUCGGCGCCCCGAUUGCGCUCUCAUCGGACAAGUCGACCGUGUUGAUGGGCCGCAUGCGCUACCCAUCGCUCUCGCUGCACGGCAUCGAGGGUGCAUUCUAUGGCGCGGGUGCGAAGACGGUCAUCCCCGCGAGCGUCUCUGGCAAGUUUAGCAUUCGUCUGGUCCCGCCCCAGACACCGGAGACGGUCGAGCCGCUCGUGCAGGCACACAUCCUCUCGGAGUUCAAGAAGCUCAACACGAAGAACAAGCUCAAGGUGGAGAACCUGCACGGCGGCAAGCCCUGGAUCGCGGACUACAAGCACUGGAACUACCAGGCGGGAAUCAAGGCGACGGAGGCUGUGUACAAGCGGACCCCCGACCUUACGCGCGAAGGUGGUUCCAUCCCCGUCACGCUCACGUUCGCGGAGAGCCUGGGCGUAAAUGUCCUUCUUCUGCCCAUGGGUCGUGGCGACGACGGUGCUCACUCGACGAAUGAAAAGCUCGACAGGUCCAACUUCAUUGAAGGCAGCAAGCUGCUGGGCACCUACCUGUAUGAAGUCAGCUCAAUCGCCGCAUGA